AUGCUGAAAACCUCCUGGGCAUACUCCCUAAAACGGGAAGAUCUAGUGAAAUAUCUAUCCCAGGUUGGAAAAGAUGCCACAGGAAACGUAGAUGAAUUACGGAAAAGGUUUGCAAAAUUCCUGACCACAGAUCACACGGAGGACGAGAUGAAAGAUCUACUGGAAUUGCAGUCAAAACAUGAUGCUAUAAAUAAUCCAGCUCCACUAUCCCCUGGUUCAACAUUACAGAUACCUGUCGCAGCCACGUAUAUCCCGCCAACGUCACCAGUAAAAAUGGAGACUCCCAAUAAAACAGGGGAUACAUCAGAAGCAGCCAUGAUAUUGCCAAUACCAUUACCGAGUCAUAAUGAACCCCAACGAGCACCAAGUGAAAGCCGUAUUAUGGUCGUAGAGCUGGUUCGAAAAUGGGGAUUGAAGUUCGAUGGAGGCAGAGAUCCAUUAGGUUUUAUUGAAAGGGCGGAAGAACUUGCCAAAAUGUACAACAUCGACCUGGACCAGUUACCACUAGUGUUGCCGGAGCUAUUCAAAGAGAAAGCACUGGUUUGGUUACGAAACAAUAACCGACACUGGACGAAAUGGUCACUUUUUAAGAAAGAUUUUUAUAGAUUUUUCCUUCCCACACGCUACUUCGAGAAGCUGGAAGACGAAAUCCGUAAAAGAACUCAACACGCUCGAGAACCGUUUAAGGAAUAUGUCCUUGCCUUACAAGAUUUAAUGCGACAUGCAGAUCUAUCCGAAGCGCAGAAACUGGAGAGAAUCUUCCGUAAUGCCCAGCCGGAUUAUCAGUGGUAUAUCCGAAGAAAGGAUUUUACUACCCUCGAUGAUCUCUUACAAUUAGCUGAUGAUCUAGAAAGUAUACCUACAAACACACCCCAAAGUCGAAGCGCUCAUCAUCGAAUGGUUAUUGAAAGCCCAUACUCUCGUAAUGACGUCACACGAUGUAAUGACUUCGAAGUCCAAGGUCACAAAGGUACCAUGAACAGCACACGACUUCUCUAUGAAGAUGAAAAAUUAAAGGCCAUUGUUUUAAUCGGAAACAAUUUUGUCACCACCAUUAUUGACACCGGUGCAACUAGAAGUUUCAUAACUCCACAGCAAAUACAACGAUUUUCCAGCCAACCUGUUUAUGUACCAGUAGACAUUGAUGUACUCCUAGCUGAUGGGUCAAAGAAACUCAUAAAGGAAGCUGCAAAAUAUAUGGUUACCUUAGGAAAUAUUUCAGCAGAAUGUAAUUUCCUAAUUAUGGAAGAAUCUACAGAAGACAUCAUCCUGGGGAUUGACUUCUUACGAAUCUUCAACACUACUCUCACUUGUGCCGGCCUUGAAGUAAACUGUGGAAGUAGAAAACCGGAAAACAACAAUAUGAACCUCUGCAAUAGAAGUCAAGAACUUCAGAUUCAAAAACAAAUUUCAAAAACAAAGAUGAGUGCAGAACGACGCAAGUUUGAAAAGACGAGUCAGAAGUUCAAAAAGAAUGUCGAAAGAGAGAAAGCGAAAAUUCGAAAAACCAUUUUUUUGGACGAAGAUAACAUUCCCAGUACCAGCAAAGGGGCUCGCAGUCAAUACAACUCAAGGAAACGCCGAGCCAGUUUUUGUAAAAACCGAGAACCCAAAGCUAAAAAAAUCACCAUUGAGGACUCCUAA